GAUACGACACGCUAAAUAAGUAUGAGUACUUUCUUCUAAGAUAGGAAAUCGAAAAUUUUCGAGAGAAUUGAUGCGCGUUUUCCGGUAGCAGACGAUUCUUACUAACUAUUUGUGUACCUGUUACAUCCGUAAUCCGUAGAAGAUCGCGCGGUUACAUGGCUAAAAUCUCUCGAGUCCCGGUAUUUGAAAAUGAACGGCAACGAUAUCUCAAGAUUGUCAUACAAGGAAUUGCAAGCAUUGGCUGUGAAAUAUCGGGUGCCAGGCAACAUAAAGAAAGAGCUGCUUAUUAAAAUAUUAAGGGCCGCAAGAAGCAGAGACAAUGGCGAAGUCGACAGAUUGUUGAGCGAUUUAAAACAGACGCGGAAGAAGAGAACGCGGAAGAUCAAGGCCGAAAAACUUGGUAUAACCUCCACACCGAUACAAAGUCCAGAUAACGUCAUGGCUGAAGAUUAUUAUCAUUCGCAACAACAGCAACAGCAACAACGAUCGCCUUAUCAAUGGGUAGGUGCAGAAGAAGAAAUUGUUAGCAGAGAGGAUGACAAGAUUCCACAUUAUGAAGAAUUUAGACAAUUUUUGUUACGGAAAAUACAAAGAGAAUUUCAAACAUAUAAUACACCUCAUAAUCCACAACACGAAUCGACAAUUGUGGAUCUAAGAACUACGGCAAGUAGUUCUACUGCACAUUCCUUUCCUGUAGAUAUAGUUAAUUGUUCUAAGCCUAAUUUGAUAGGUAUUAAUGAAUCAAACUCUUGCAUAUAUCCUUUAACUAAUCAUAUACAGUAUCAUCACUUACAAAAAGAUUCAAGUAAAAGUACAUGUGGAUCAAUACUUCUUAAAAAGAUGUUACAAGCUCCGGUUGGUACAAAUUUAGGAGAACUUGCAGCACCAGUUUUUGGAGAUUAUAGAGUUUGGCCAGUAGAACAAUAUCAUUCAGAAAAUAUAUUAGAUAAUUCUGAUACGUUAACAGCAGAAUCAGUGGACAAUGAUAAUGAAGAUAAUCUUGUAAUCAAUACAGAUUGUUAUGGAGUUUUAAAUAAUGUUAGGGAUGAAUAUCUUUUACAUGAUACAAAUUUUGUUAAAAAUGUACAAGAUAUCGAUCAGAUGUCUAAUGUACUAACCGAUCAGAAUAGUAAUCAAUACCAUUGCAAUUAUGCAAAUAAUGAUUUAAAACAAAAUUAUCAAACUUGGACUAUUACAAAUGUUAUGGAUUCUAUAGAUGAAAGCUAUAUAGAUACAGAUAUAAGUACUUCAAAAGUACUUCAUGCUAUUUAUCUUGAUAAUCCAGUAACAAAUGCAAAUAAUGGAAAUACAAAUUAUCGAUAUCAUAUUAGUGAAAAUGUUUAUAAUGAUAAUCCAACAGUACUUAAUAUUGAUUCAUCUGAAGAUCCUUUGUAUUAUUCUCCAACUAUAAUGUCCAAUGUACAGUCAACUUCUACAGAUCAAGCAUACUUGGAAAAUCAUAAUAAAUAUAUAGGUGAAACAAGAGAAUAUUUUCAGAUGACUGGUUCUACAGGUAGUAUAAAUUUCACAUCAGAUGUACCUGCACUUAAUCAAACAUUACCUAACAACAUUCCAUGCAAUUCUGAAGUUACGUAUCAGUAUUCUAAUUUGCAUGACAAUCAUCAAUCAUAUGUUACAAUGUCUCAAAGUUUUGAAUCACGACAAUCCAAUGAUCUUGUAACAUCGCAAGAUAUGAAUAUAUGUAAAGAUUCUGUAACAGAGAGAGUACAGUCAUGCUCUGAUGGAAUGUUAGAUCCAUUUUGGCCAAAGUGGUCCCACAAAAAGUUAUCAGACAAUAAUCUUGAAAAUAUUUUGAAUUUUAAUAUAUCAAAAAGAAUAGACUAUACAAAAAUAGAUCAAACAUCUUGUAUAUAUUGUUAUACUGCGCCGAUAGUUACACAUAAAGCCGUACUGCCAACCGAUGUUUGCUCUCAACAGAUAAAGUUAGUCGCAGAACAGAGACAUCACUCUUUCUCGCCUUACUGGCUUCUUUACAAUGAUAGCUCUGCCGGUAUGCGCAUGGCUAAUAUACAAAGUAACGCCGAUGAAUGUAGCGGAGAACAAGUAUGGAUGAUUCGCGCUACAUCGAUGUCUAAUAACAACAAUUCGAAUAUCAAAGAUUCUAUAGAUGAAAGCGAAGAUUCGAUAAAUGAUGUUUGGAUGAAUGAUUACUCGAAAUAUCGAAUGCCUUUACAAAAGGACAUAAACAGUUGCGAAGUUAUAAACGCAGAAGUUUCAGAAAGUUUAUUUUCUACCAUACACACAGAAUCCAAUUUAAAAAGCGAAACUAUUUCUACGAGUCAAAUGCAAGAGGAUAUAACCUAUUGAAUUAUUUAUAUAUAGUGAUAUUUGUGCCAGUGGUACAUUGAAUUGUAUUAUUAGUACUAAAGAAAAUAUAAUUUUUCACUCUUUAGAUCGAUUUCUUACAGAAUUUCAUAACGAAUACGAUAUAUUAUCUCGUUAGAAAAUUCUGCGUUAUCCGUUUAUUUACUGAAAUAACGAAAAAGUUAUUUUUAAAACAUCCACAAAACUAAAUUGAAUGUACUACCUCCGUUGAUAAACAAAUGAAGAAAUGAAAAGACUGAAAUAAUAUGAUACGUUUAAUAUACUUUAGGAACAAAUUUAAAUACAUUAUAUAUAUAUAUAUAUAUAUAUAUAUAUAUAUAAUUACUUACUAUAUAUAUAUAUCUUAUUGCAUAUAUACAGAUAUUGAAAUAAAAAAAAAACUAUAAAGAUAAGACAAAUGUAUACACGUUAAAUGGUGAGAUAAUUAAUUUAUAUCGUGAAAAUAAAUAAUGUUUAGUUCUUACGAUUACAGGUAACAGUUUAAAAUUGUUAUCUCGUUAUUGUAAUCAUGAAUUAUUAAUAAUUAAUACCAAAGGUAUUGUAUGUGUUAUAACGGUAUUGCAAGUAUAAAACACGUUAAAAUACCGCAAUAUCGUGUCAUAUAUAUAUAUAUGUGUGUAUAUGUAUAUAUACAUCGUACAAACCAGUAUAGUGUGAUAAUCUAAAUGACAUUUAAAAUGAUCGAGAAAGCAAACGUACCUGCGAGGAUACCCACGAUUUAUGAACCAAAUGUAUCUCGUUAUAUUUUUGUUGAAAUAAAAUCAAAUAUAU